ACGCAAGAACCUACUAUUAAGUUGAAGUGCUGAGGGCUCUGUUUUGCCUACUGACCCACGGAACGAGACGCUCGUUAGGCGAAUGCUUAUUUCGUCUUUGCAUCCUGUCCUGUCCUGUCUGAUCCCCCAAGUUCGCCGGCCGCUUCUGACUCAUCUGGGUUUGGGCUGUUCUUCAGCCGUCGCGUUGCCUGCCAAGCCACUCGUUGGACUAACUUCGCCUAUUCUUCACUAAAUGCUCGAAAUGAUAUCAGUCAAAGUUCUCGUCGACUGGUUUCCAGCUGGACGUCAUUUUAGAUCAUUAUGCUGUUCUCCGCCUGAUCAUUCCAAGUUAGAUGAGACUGGAGAUCUCGACUUGCGGGCAAAGUCGCAAUCUGACUCUUGGUACAUAAGAGUGAAGAAUGGCCUGUAUGAGGAGCUUUACUUUUCUGGCCACAUGAUGAUCUGGAGCUCGUUUUCAGAAACCUGCAACAGAUUUCCCAAGGUUGCGUUAACCACCGAAACUGCCAUCAUCGACACCUUUUGGGCAUCCUUUCUGUUGCCGUCUACCUUUUCAUCCGAAAGUUUUUCAACAAAGCUGAGGGCACCAGGACGGAUACAAGAAGGAGUCGCUGUCUUUGAGGCUGAUCGUCUGAGCUUUCUGGACAACGAAGGAGAGAGGUACACAGUUCGAUUACCAUGUCGACUUGCUGCAGCUUGGCCAAUGGAAACACUUGUGUUGCUGGAACGUGACAUCCUCUCUGGCGAAGCGGCUACUUCAACUCAAGGGCCGAUCCAUCCUAUGCGUAGUUCAUCAACUUCGGGUUGCCCUUUCACUCUCUUCAGCCUUUCUCAUCCUUUGGAUGAGGCUGCGCCAGUCUUGUUGAAGAUUCCGCUUCCAUCUGGAAACUUCGGUGUAUGCUUUGGUUGCGACGUCUUGCUAAAAAUUGUCUCAGUUAUCGCCACACUUGAUCUGGUCUUAACUGUCCACUGUUCAACAGGUUUGCACUCAUUGUGGAAGAUGGAGAAAGCUGUCCCCGAGGAUUAUGUCAACCUUUAUGAGGUUAAUGACGAGGGCCGCGCUUGUGUCGCACCAACCGCGCUCAAUAGAUUUGUUAGUCGACCCUCUGGUUCCACAGCCGAAAAACAUGUAAACAAUGCAUCGAGGACGUUUGCUACUCCUGCUGCUAAACAAACCACCAUUCUCGGUUCGGCACACAAUCAGCUCGAUCUCACUCCUACCGUCCGGAGUCCGUCUACUCGCCACACCAGGCUUUGUCUGAGCCCUUUCGCUGCUUCCUUAUCUCAGCUGGUGGAUAUCAAUGGACCAACGGAUCCUUCUGGGAAAUCAGAUUUCUCGCGCACGUUUACUGCGUCCCCCAUCCCGCCUCGUGCUCGAGAUUCCAUCGAUUUACAGGCGCAUAUCAAUCGGUUGUCCAAUCUGGCUUCCGUGAGACCAACUAACUCUUCCGGUAGCCUUGCCGGAAGCCUCUUCUAUGAUACCCACCGACCAUCACUGAGUUUCGUACCCAGUAAGCCAACUCCAACUCGCUUGCAUUCCAAAUGGGCCUCGCAGUCUCUUUUGCACUGCGGCUCCACACCAACCUUAUUUCGUGCUUCCGGCGCCUCAUCUCGUACUCGUGUCCCCGAUGCUUCGACUACAACCUCUGGCGCUCCUUCGAUCUUCGACCCGAACACGUUUGAUGAGCCAUUGGAUGAGCCAUUAUUACCUAAGAUUUGUCUGCGGCUUGUGUGGACUGAGUCCCCGAACGCGCCAGCUCAGUGCAAACUGAAACGUGUUCGGUUGGGCUCUAAUGUGGAUAAUGACCAAGAGACUACCAUGAUCCAUCGGACUACAUUCAGUCCGGUGCCGGGGUCCACGCCAAAGCACGUGGCCAUAUCAAACAUGAACAUACUCCGAGAAAUGGCUCACUUGACCGUGUCAUCACGUUCUAAGACCGCCAAUCGACGUUUUUUGGAUUUGUCGAUUGAGUCGAAGGCUAUCUCGCCGUUGGUGGACCAUUCCACUAAGUUUUCUUGUUUUGACCCACCUCGUUCCGUCACGACCGAUGUGUAUGACCCCACAAAUGUGGUUACAUCCCCCAAUUCCGCUCGUAAAUCCACCGGAAAACGCUGUGCUUUUCUUGCCUAUGAUUUGGCGAACAUUCCAUGGAUAUGCUACCUCACUACAUCAUCGGAUACAUCUGCAACAUUCUCACGUUUGGCUUGUUUAUGUGCGAAACAGUUCACAGGUUCCGCCAAGCCUGCCAAAUCUCCGUCUUCGCUAGUCUUUUCGUCACUUCUUUGCGACCAGUUGCUGACUUACAUAAACGCGCUAGACGCUGUGUACGUGCCGAGUUCACGUCUCACCGCCUGUUUGGAUGCGCACUCUGGUAUCGUCUUAUAUACAGGCAUUGAAAAGGUAUGCAUUCUUGGCGUCAGUCCUCCUCCCGUACUCAGUGCGUUUACCGCUGUCGCGAACGAUCAGUUCUCGAAGCAACAGUGGAUGGAACGCACUCCUAAGCAUCCUGUGCGAACUCCAUUCAUUAUUCGUCCUUCGUCGUCCACACUAGAUCUUAUGGACCGGGGAGAUGUUUCACGUAUACUGGAUGGUAUUCAGUCGAUGGUCCGACAAGUGCUGGAGCAAGCACCUUCAUCUGCCGGCUCACAAAACUAUCAGCACAUUGGUGCUUCAUCCUCCAAAAGCAAUAGUGCUUCAGGUGUCAUACUGCCUCUCGGAAUCGAGCCCCCCAUGCCAUCGGAAACCAUCGCACCCGGGCUCCUGCCUAGCGGAUCAUGUUCGCUUUGUGACGCGGCGGGCAACUCGUUCACAUUGUGUUUAGAUGACGCGAUUAGCGGCAGCAAUUCUGCACAAACCGGAGGUCUAGACUCAGCGAGGCGUUUUUGCCGAGUUUACCUGCCCGACUUGUCUGAAAACGAAAUGGUUCAGCGUUGCUUGGCCGCAUUGCAAUUGAGUCUUCCACAGGAAGUCUGCCGUUCUCUUUUGGCUCGUUGGUACACUUAUAUCAACGCCCCCGGAAGCCUUGUCAUGUCGGCGUCGGAGGACACGAACCUAUCCCCAGCCACUGGUUUCAGCGGACCAACCGAAUGGGUUCGCUUCGCCUGCUUCAUUUUGCAAUCUUGUGGACUGAGCGUGCUCUGUCCUACCGCUGAAUCAGAUGGUCUGCCCGGCGGUUUGUCUGAAGAACUGGCUCCAUUGAACAUUUCUGAUUCUCCGCAUCGGAACGUAAAACGUCAUCGUGCCACCACACCGGAUUCGCUCGACUCCGCCUGGAAUACUUUCAGCCAGCUAAUAGGUGAUGCAAUUUCGGACCCAUCUCUGUUCUCUGUCAGUCGGAAUCUGCAAAACAGCCGCUCGGGUCUCAUUGAACCUCGUCUUGUGGACGUAGCACGUACCACCCGUUCAGAUCCAUGGAGUCGUUCGGUUUGGUUUCAUUUGCCCACCAUUUUGGUCAGUUUUCAUCUGGUAUAUGAGGAAGCAAAACUGAACCGCAUUCUUCUCUCUCAGUUGCCUUACUUGGCCGAGCUAAACAUGCUAUUAAGCCGAAUACUCUGCGUUCAGGCAUACAUCUCGUAUUAUGCCGAGCAGUGGCCUUCCCUUUUCGAAGUGGAUGGACAUUUGAGCUCCCCUUUCGAGGCCGUUCCAAGCUGGCCUACUUCUUUGCCCUCCCACUAUGCUCCAUGUCUCCUUACCUGGGCUGUGGAAAUGCUCCAAUCACCAACGAACUCCAAGAGUCAUUCCACCCAUCCCUACGUUCACUUGGCCGGCGUUAAUGAUCUGGCAACUACUUUGGCCGGAAUGCUCCUCACUGCGUUACACACUCAACACACGACUGCUGACAUAGAAAAUCCAACCACUUUGCUUCAGUGGUGGCGUAGCGAUAUCUCUGAAUUGGAUCGCCCAUCGUGUGCUAUGUCUGCGAUUGGCACAGACCCUCUUGUUGGGAAUGCAGGUGAUCCAACGCCUAUCACUGACUCCAACGAUGCUGCUCAUCCGGAUUCAAAGGAACCCUUCUCGUUUGCUUUCGUACACACAUUGAAAAUGGCUGGUAGCAUUCGAACAGUCGGCGAAGCAUUCAGCUCAUCCACUUCCCCUGAAUCUCCCAACCUGUCCUCAGUCUACCUUGGCUCACCGCACAAUUUGGCUUUUAUGUAUCUUAGCCACGUGGACCAAUUCACUUCCGCCACUCAUCUUCCCUUUUCUCAACGACUUGACUCCCUACCGCCAGGCUUUUCCAGCCUGCUUCAAUUCAUGCUUGGUCGCUCCUGUGCAAACCCACCUCCGAAUUGCACACCCCAUGUGUACAGCCUCAUGGGCCGAGAAGAUCUUGCCCGUCACGCUGAAAUACUGCCCAUUGAUCAGUGCAUGAUCUUUGAAUCAUCCGAUGGAGCGUCGAGUGAACCUUUAUCAGCUUGCGACAGGAGUCGGCGAAAUGGUAUGAUUCCAGUCAUCCCGAUGUCCUUCAGGCCUCCUAGUCAGCGAUGCUUUACUCAGUCUUCUUGGUCUGUGGCGGAACGAUGGACCAAUUCUAUACGCGGUUUCCGUGAUCCUGAGGUCUACAUCGGCGAACACCAGUCACGUGGUCUGUUGCCUACUAGACACAUCUUUUUGCACCAACUCGAAAAUAAUCCGGCUUUUCAAGUGUACUUCAAGGACGACUUGCGUCUCCGCGAGGCAUACCGCCUUCUUCAAGCCACCAGCCACAUCCGCCUGCCCCGUUUAAACUCUAUAAAUCCCGAAACGGAUCCAGACUCUGGCCGAGGUUCACGUUUCGUGGAAUGUCGUUUGGAGAUGCACUUGGCUGCUGCUGGGAUCCGUGUUUGGGCAUCCUCUAUCGGACGAGGCAUGCUCGGUCUGGCCACUCUUCUCGGUGCUCGGGUGCCUACACAAUUACGCGUACCACCAAUCUGUCUACGUGGAUGCGCCGCGUCACCUGGCAACGGUCAACGUGUUCUGGUUGAUCUUGCUCGAGAGUCUUUGCCCUCGCCGAUCGGUACCACCACUGCCACUGGCGCAGCGGCGAACACUGCUGGUACAGGAGCAACUGCUGCAGCUGGCGCCAUGGGAAUCGGGGCGGGCCGGGUUGCAGCAGGUGCGAUUGACGUCGCCGGUGCUCUCAUUGCUGACACAGGUGUUGGUGAUAGACGUAUUCCCGUUGCAACUUCUAUGGGCGCUGAUUUGAACGCCAUAGGAACGGCCGAUGCUUCGAAUCACCCAGGCAACGCAAUGGCUUUGGCGAUCGCCUCUGCGGUGGCCGUCAGUGGUGCAGGUGCCGCUCUGAAAUCUGUCGCUCUAGAUCUUCCUCGUAUGGUUCGUUCUGGAAAGGUUCUCGCUCAGGUGCUUGGUAUGACUUCCGCGACGUCCGUGACCUUGACUUCCGGUCUGCUCUCGACCACUAAUCUCCCUCAAACCCCCACCGUCUUAGCUGCGAAACAUUGGCCCGAAUUUCACAAUGGUGUCGCAGUCGGUUUAACUGUUGCUCCCAACGCUUCUAUCGAUGCCACUUGGAUUAUGUACAAUUGUCGGUUGGCUGGCUCUAAUUCCACUGAAUCUCGGUCCAACACGGCUGGUCCUUCGAACGCCAGUACAUCAGACGUGCCCACUCCGGAACAGGCUGGCCUCCUGUUGGGUUUGGGACUAAAUGGUCAUUUGAACAAACUCACUCCGCACGACAUUGCAAAAUAUUCGGUCCGAGUGCACGACCUGCACAACAUGGCAAUGCUGCUGGGUUUGUGUGCUGGCAAGCGAGGGCAAAUGGAUCAGUCUGUGCUUCGGCUGCUCGCACUUCAUUACCGACCACUUCUACCAUCCGAUCCGUUGGUUCAGGUGCAACUAGCCGUUCCCACUCUGUGUCAAGCUGCAGCGGUAUUUGGUCUUGGUCUGUUAUAUGAACGAUCGGCACAUCGUCACAUUACCAACUUGCUUCUCACCGAGCUAGGUAGACCGUUGAGUGGGCCCGUCUUCUGUGGCAUAGGCCGCAAAGCCUUUCAGCCGGACGGCGAUGCAUUGCCAUCGACUUCCACGACAUCGGGCAAUGCGAAUUCUGGAACUUUUGGUGACUGGUCCGGAGCGAUUGGUUCAGGAGGCAUGGCUGGUGAUAGCUCUGAACUAAUUGCUCUUUCAGCCGGUCUUGCUUUGGGUUUGGUUCUUUUAGGACGCGGGGAUUCGCCUUGCGGACUAUCCGAUAUCCCGUGGGCUGCGCAGCUGCACGCUUACAUGACUGGUGCACCAAGGUUCACACAACUUCCAGUCCUGGAAUUCAGUGGACGAUCUCGUUCCGGGAUUGCUGGGGAAAGAUGUUUCCACGAUCUUGUUGCGUCCGAUCCAAUAGCCCACCGCCCUGAGUCCUACAGAUCUACCGUUGGUGUGCCCCAUUGUCCUGCGACCGUAGGUAAUGGUACUACAGAUAUGUCAGAAGAUGGUUUACUUGAGCGUAACGCACGGCCGGAUUCCGCAUGGUUGACCAACUCCGUCCGUCUUAGAGAAUUACUCUUUCUGGAUGACGGCUUGUCCACGUUAGAGACUGAUAAUCGGAUGGACAACGAUUUCACGUUCUCUCCGAAUGAAUCAUCCAUCCGCAAUGGUGGACCGUCUGGUGAUCGUUCAAACCCCGUGCUAGUAGGCUCAACCAUACCCACCUCCGUGGCGGAUCGUUCCGAUUUCACUGGCCGUCCAAUCGAUCGUCGAUUACGCCCUGAGCUCGGAGGGUUCACUGUCGUGUCAAACAACCCACAAAUCCGUGAACUCAAUUGCUACAACCUCGAUGUAAGCGCUCCAGGUGCCAUUAUGGCUCUCGGUAUGGCUUACUUUGGUAGCGGGAGUCCUUUGAUCACUUCUUGGCUUGCUCCACCCACGUCUCUGGUUCAUUUGGACCUGAUACGGCCAGAUUUGCUGCUAUUUCGGGCCCUAUCUCAUGCCCUGGUUAACUGGGACACAAUCGUGCCAACUUCUGAGUGGAUUCAGUCUUAUUGCCCACCUGAGCUAUUGGAGCGACUGAGUCAUAUCGCUGAGACCAAAGGAAUGACGAUUCCAACCAUUCUGGACGAAUUCACUGAACACGCGCAGUCAGAUGUCAUGCUGCCCGAAUGGUCCAGUGAAGAUGAUGUGGAGAAUCGAUGUCCCGAUUUGAUUGCUCUCCCACGACAUUCCGGAGCCAGACAUCAUACACGCACAACAAACCUGAGUUCGAACAAUAUGCCUCCACCUCAGACGCAUCGAACGCGUCGAUCGACUGCCAGCAGCAGGAGACAGCCAACGCAGUCUUUUGUCUCUCGUGGUUUCCGCUCUGCAAACACUCAGCUCGAGGCUGUUCGGCGUGCAAAACUGACCCGGGACGCACUUCGCUGGCAGGAACCAUCUUUUUCAGCUUCCGCGAAUCAAAUAGAUGAACAUGCACUCUGUCUUGCUUAUCUAAACAUACUGAUUGGCCGCUCUUUUGCCCUUGGUUUGCGUUACGCUGGCACUUGCAAUGCAGGCGCAGCCAAUACAUUACUUAGUGUACUUCAUUCUAUCCUUCUGGAUUCCUGGUGGCCUCCAACCAAAGAUCCCCAGCACUCCCAUGGGGCUGGUCCGUCUCGUCUUCAUUUACCUAAGCCGACAUUGGAGACUGCCGCAGCCUAUUGUCUUCUCUCAUUGGCUAUGGUAAUGGCUGGUUCUGGGAAUCUGGUCGUCCUACGCUUGAUUAGGCAGUUGCGAGCAAUUCGCAUGUUCCGAGCUAAGGACGCGGAGACCGAGUCCGCUGCUACCAAUUGGCCUCCCGUCAGCAACGACGGCAAUAGCCCCAACUCCCUACUUGCUGCCUGUGCUCAGUUCACAGCCAACCCACGACUACAUUAUUUGGCUUUGCUUGCCGCGCGUCAGAUCGUAUUCCAGCAAACUGGAUCGGAGUCUAAUGCAUCCAGCGGACUCCCAAACGGGCCAGUUUCUGUGUCUGCAGUGUUCGGCGCGGCCCUGGGUCCCACGUUUGGAGUCCAAAUGCUCUACGGCUGUGCUGCGGGCCUAUUAUUUCUCGGUGGCGGCCGGCUUACAUUGUCAAACAGCCCCCAAGCAGCCGCAAUCCUAACAAUUGCUUUCCUGCCCAUUCUGCCCACUUAUCCUGGUGACAACUGUUACCAUCUGCAGGCACUCAGGCAUCUGUACGUGCUUGCCACGCGACCAAGGCGGUUGUGUGCUGUGGAUGUGGACACCGGUCGCGUUGUGUUGUCUGACAUGCUGGCCAAGUUACGGGGCAAGGAUGAUUACGUUUCCUCUAAAGACACUGCCAUUUUCCCGGUCAAUCAACUCGACGAUCUGGAUUGGCUGGAGAUGAAUCAUGGCUCUGAGGAUUAUUGGCCUACAGUCUUCCUGAAUGGAACCAUCAAUUGGUCCCAACUGAAAUGCGCCCUUCAAGAGACCGGUUAUUUCUACGUAAAGAAAAAGGACCAAACGGAGGAGGCACACCUACUUCAGUAUUGGCUCUCCCCUGAAUGUCUCGAUAAUUGCCUAUCCGAUCUACAAUUGUUGUUACAAUUGAAGUUGGUGGUCUCGUUUCUACGGCGUUUUCCGAAUCGCCCAGAACCUGUGUCUACUGCCACAAAACCUACACCUUACUCCAUUUCACCCAGCUUGAGUUCGGUUUUGGCCGCUCGCGUGACGGAGCAGUUUGUGCUACGGAAAUGUGAUGUGAGCGAAUGUGUGCGCGAGCACUAUUUGCCUUCGCUGCAACCGAAUCAAAGAAAAUGCACGUGGCUUGUGGAUGCCUUCAGAUUGUGGUUCAGCCUACCAGAUUGCCAGACCCUGUGGCCUUAUUUGAACAAAGUUGAACCUGGCUGCAGUCUGGCGCAGUUUGUCAAAACCGUCCGUCCCGGUUGUCCCAACACUACUUCGGGUAGUGGCCUCUUUUGGUUGUACAGUUUUCUUUUCCUCUCCUCCUAGCUUUGUUGUCCUCCAGUAACUCAAAACCUAUCUCCCUUGUUCUCGCUCCCCCUUUUUGUACAUUUUGGCUAACUGUGAGGUUCGGCCCUUGUGCUAUUCGCCAACCUUCCACAUCUCUUCCCUUUGGUGUGAUGUUUCGUCUGUUCAUUCUCCUAGAAUAAUAUUACUCCACUUUCGAUUGAUUCUCCGUCACUAUUCUCCCUUUUUCUGAUAGCUUUUUGCUCACUGCAUGGUAGGGGUCACGUUAUGUAUGGCUUUUUGGCACACAUUUCUGGUUCAUUUUUCUUGUCCCACCAAAUCAGUAGACUCUUCCUUUUUGUUAUACCCAGGGUCAUGGGUGUUGUUGCUUCUUUGUUUUAUCAAUCGGAGCACUUCAGGCUGUAAUUUGCGCCGAAAUCUGAUUGACGAAUCUGCGUAAGCAACUGGUUUUGCCAAAUAAUCCGACGUCAGAUCUGCUCAGUAUCUUGUCAUUUUCACUGUUCUGCGUUCAUCCGUCUACGGUGAACCAAUGUGUUUUGGACUCAAUUGAUUUGCCCCACAACACCAUGAUUGUAAUGUCC